AUGGCCGAAGGAAUGACACCUGUUUUCGCCAAGGACGCUGCUCCUCCCGCCGGUCCUUACUCCCACGCCAUCAAAGCCAACGGCCUAAUCUUCGCCUCCGGCCAGAUCCCCUGCGACGCCUCAGGCACCAUUCUCGCAACGGGCACGAUCCAAGAAAAGACCGCGCUCUGCAUCGCGAAUGCGCGCGCCGUCCUCGAAGCUGCGGGAUCCAGUAUCGCGAAGGUGGUCAAGGUUACUGUGUUCUUGACUGAUAUGGCCGAUUUUGCGGCUAUGAAUGAGGAGUAUGCAAAGCAUUUUACGCAUAAGCCGGCGAGGAGUUGUGUGGCCGUUAGUCAGUUGCCCAAGGGGGUGCCGGUGGAAGUUGAGGUUGUUGCUUUGGAGUGA